AUGGGGUUAUCAAAAAAUGAGGGAGGUUUGGGUUUUAGGGAGGUAGAAGCUUUUAACAAGGCACUCCUUGCAAAACAGUGCUGGAGGGUUUUGAUGAACCCUCAAUCAUUGGCUGCAGUGUUAUUGAAAGAUAAGUACUUUAGAAACACUGACUUGUUACAUGCUACAUUGGGUUUUAAACCUUCGUUUAUGUGGAAAAGUCUGUGGGAUUCAUUGAGUUUGUUGAAAGAAGGGUUGGUAUGGAGAGUUGGGAAUGGUAAAAGUAUAAAAAUAUGGGGAGACAGGUGGGUUCCAAAGGCUGUGACUUUUAAAAUUCAAUCUCCUAUACAAAUACUGAAUGCUGAGGCCAGGGUGGAGGAAUUACUUUCAGGUGAGAAUGGAGGAUGGAAUGAGGGACUUAUAAAGCAAGUAUUUGAUAAAGAAGAGGCUGCCAUUGUUUGUAAUCUACCUAUCAGUUUUUCCAAACUUCCUGAUAAGCAGAUCUGGGCCUUCUCAAAAAAUGGUAUAUACAAUGUUAAAAGUGCUUAUCAUGUUGAGGAUCAAAUGGAACUAAUAGCUGUGGUGUUGAGAAGGAUAUGGUUCAGGAGGAAUGGUUGGGUCUUUGAAAAUAGAUUUGAAGGGCCUAAUGAUGUAUUUAGUCAAGCUGCAAAUUGCUUGAGUGAAUACCAGCAGGCACAGGAGACACAGCAGGCACAACCAAAACAAAGCAAUUCUCAAUGCGGUAGAGCUCUACAUUGGAAACCACCUGAAGGGGAUACGGUGAAGGUAAACUGGGAUGCAGCUCUAAAAAGUGAUGACAGAAAAUGUGGAAUGGGGGUGGUGAUCAGAGACAGAUGUGGUGAUGUUUUAGCCUCGUUAUGCAGUUGCAGAUGGAAUGUCUCAAACCCUGUAGUAGCAGAAGUUCAUGCUCUUUGGAGGGCAAUGAAAUUAUGUGAGGAAUUGAAAUUCAGUAAGGUGCAGUUGGAGGGAGAUGCAAAGUCUGUGAUCAAUGCAGUUAAUAAUGCAGAAGAGUGUUGGGAAUGGCAUGGUCAAUUGAUAGAGGAUGUGAAGUCUGUUUUGAAGAAUAGAAAGCAGUGGUCUGUUUUACAUGUUAAUAGAGUUUGUAAUAGUGUUGCACAUGAUCUUGCAAAAAGUGCUUUAUUUGUAGAGGAAGAAAGAGUCUGGAUGGAAGAUCAUCCACAGGAGCUGUUAAAAGCUGUGAACUUUGAUAAACUUUGUAACUCAGUUAACAAGUAA